AUGGAAAGAAGCUCGCCGCGUUCUCUCGCCGAGCAACUCAGGCGAUUUGUACAACUGACGGAUGCACCUGCAGGUGCGCCAUUUUUCAUUUUUUAAUGAUUUUUUUGUCCAAGGUGCGUCCAAUGGUAUUUCAUUGUCCGACGCUGGCUUUGUUUUACUCACGCUCAAAGACCACAUCCUCAAUGAUUCACCAAAGUGAGUAAAUUUAUUUUUUUCUGUCUGCGGAAGUUAGGAAAACAUAAGGAAUAGUUGAAUGAAUUUUUUUAGAAUUGUAUAAUUGAUCCAUUUCGGCAGAAAUUUGCUUUUUUCUAAUUUUGAACAGAUCAUCAUCGCUAAAAAAAAGUUUUUCAAUGUUUCUUUCUCCGAUUUUCUGACUAUCCUACUGAAGGAACUCAGUAUAACACCGCUUUUAAUAGAAGAGAUGCAACAGAAACAUUGUUUUUCUUCGAAAUCUUAUAAUGGGCGGCAGCUUUCUUUCGAUCCUACUUUUCAAAUCUGGGCAAUCCGAAAAAAUAACAAAAACAGGUAAAUCUGGAGCGGCUGAUCUGUUUGCUCAAAAUUUUACUGGAUUUUAUUGUCCGACCUAUUUUUUUGGUCGGAAAACGGAGAAGUGAGCUAGAUUGCUUUUAAUUUCACAAGAUCUAGUUAUGAUUUUGAACGACUUUUUCAAGUUAAACUUUGCAAUUUAUGAAACCUCUAUUUACUAGGGGAGUUUUUGUUCUGCCAAAGCUUUUUUUGAGUUCUUCUCAUUGUCGCGUAGCUCUUGAAGUUGGCAAAGAGAAUUUUCGCAAAGCCACCUAAUCUCUCUUUGUCAAAUUUUUUCCCAACGUAAUCACCUGGAAACCGUUCUUUGUUCUUGCUGGAGGAAGAAAGGAAGAAAGAAGCAACAAAAGCAAGAUCAGCGGGUCAAAAGCACUCCGUACAAGAUGUCCUGUCCUUAGCCGAUUUGUGUACAUAAUGAGGACGACAUGAAUGUGUCUUGUUUCUGAAAAGCGCCUCGGGGGGAGCGAGACGGGCGUCGCCGAGCAAUACGGUCACGCCGAUCGGACUGGCUCACUGUUGCGUAGCCAAGGCCAAUUGAGCGCUUAAUGUUUGCAAGCAAACAGCCCCAGCUUCUGUCUUCAGCACGUGAAGCUUCUUGCGCGGCAGCGCGUUCAACGCCGCCAUGUUCCGAGCAAGCAAGACUCGCCGCUCAAAAAGUGUCUGCGGAGAGUGCUGACGUCAAUUUUUUGCAAUAGUUCUCUCAAACUAAUAGCCUGUUUGGUUGAGUAUUAAAAAAAGUUGAUCAGAAGAUCAAAAAGUGUGAUGAUUCACUUUUUUUGCAGGUUUCUUCAAAUUGAUCGCACGUCUGGUUUAGGAAUAGAUAAAACCAAUCAAAAGAUCAAGAAAUUCAUAAUGUUUCGAAACAAUGAAAAUUUCUAACAUUUUUCAUUGCCAGUUACCAUAGCGUUGUGAAGAAAUCGAUCAUUUUUUUUUAGUUGUUUUUCAAAAGUUUAAUUUAAGUCUAAAUUGGAAAAAGAAUGGAAAAGGAGAUUUUAUAAACGAUUAUGCUCAAAAGUAUCUUCAGAGCCCAGCACUUCGCUCACGAGUUCAUUUCCAAACCGAUAAAUGGGCUGGAACUCCUGAGCAAAGUCGUAAUUGUGCUGCAAGGAAUCGUCAACAGCGUCCAGGGAUCUUCUUCAAAAAUAUCCUACCUUCUUUCAAGGAACACAUCCAACACCAAUAGGAAACGAAAAGCUGCGGUGAGUGAAUUUUUCUCUUUUUUUUCUGAGUCAUAGUUAUAUUUAUGCAGGUUGCGGAGGCAGAUUGUAUAGAAUGCAUCAAGAUUCUUCUCGAGAAGACAGUUUGAAUUCAAUUCAACUUUUGAAAAAAUAGAGAUAUUUUAGGAAGCUUCUUGGAAAACUUUCCUCGAAACAUCGACAGGCCUGGAUGCCAUCUUAUACUCAGUACACAGUCCUCAAUUGGACUCAAAAUGUUACUCAUUAGAGGUUUUUCUAAACUUCAAACCCAUUUCUUUUUGAUCUUGGGUUUUCAGAUUCUCCUGCUCCUUUUGGAUCAGCCCCAAGGAUUUCUCAUUUUUCUACGCGCAUUGACAGUUUUAGCAGCGAGAAAUCGGGAAUUUCUUCGUCUUUCUGUAUUUGUUGCUCAAUUGAAACAUGGACUUCAUACAAAUAAACUUCAUAUUCAGGUUACCAGUUUUUCGAAGGCUCCAAAGAUUUUUUGUUCCAGAUUUUGGUAGUUAGACUAUUUAAUAAACUUGUUGCGAAUUCCCCAACUCAAAUGCACCGAGCACUGAUCAAAUCUGAAGCCGCCUUGUCACAAUUCACUCCCGAAUAUGUUGAGAAGGUAGUUCUUUUUAAAGGAAACUAUUAUCAAUCAAAAGUUUUCAGCUGAUCGGUUACCCCAACACCAACUUUGGAGGGUUAGACGUCCUUUUAGAGGAAUUGAGUCUUUGGAAAUCUAUGAGUACUCCUCAAGCAUAUGCUUCGACCAACGUUGAACAUAAUCAUAUUUAUGGUCUUUCUGAAGAUGGCGACAGUCUUUCCGAGAGAACGAGAAGGCCACGAGGCAAUAUCAAGCUUCCGGUGAGCUUUUUGUGGUCAGAAUGAAUAGAGGUUUUCGUUAUAUAAACAUAAGAGAAAAAGCAAUUCACGUUAACCAACGAACUUUUCGAAAUCUUCGAAAAUAUGUGGAUCUGAAAAAAAAUUAUUAAUUUGACUUCAAGGAAUUUUUUCACUACGAUUCAAGAAUGCUAUUUUCGAAAUUCUUGUUCUCCAAUAGACUUAUUUCUAAAUUCAUACUAAUUUUUACUUCAUAUUAUCUCUUGCAUCAUUUUAAGGCUAACACAAUGGUUGCAAAGAACGUGGAACGUCAAAGGUUCAAAAAACAAGGAGCUGGGUCUGGAGGUAGAGCCGCGGCCAGCAACUACUAUCAAGAAGGAACUGGACCUCGGGCAACUUUCAACAGUGACCGGAGGGCUCACACUCUCUCUCACCGUGGCUAUGGAGGUUUUAAUCUAAAAUUUUCAGAAUUUUGCCUGCUUUUUUUGAGAUUAUUGGUCAGAAAACUAUUCCUCAGUUAAUAUGCUUUUCCGAUUCUCUCAUGGAAAAAAAUCGGGUUCUGGAAGCUGCCAUGCCUCUUUGUUACUUUUUUGAAGAAUCGGUAUCUAAAUAAUGAUCUCACGGACUCUUUGUCUGUUUUUAGGGGUUUUCUUCACCUAAACUCUUAACUUUUAGCACGAAAUGCUACUAUCAUGCUUCGAGCUGUUUUUUUUAAUGUUUUCUUCCAGAAGCCCCGUCUCCCAUCAGCUCUUCUCGUGCUGGAUACGCUACAGAACGACGUGAACCAGCUUUCGGAGCGAUGAGAAGAGCAAAAAGUGAGAGCGCGAUGAUAGUUCAUGACAGGUAUUCAUUUUCUAAAGUCUUAUCAUGUUUUUUUGUGUUUGAGAGAGCCCCUGAGCGUAUCACCAGUAGAUGUUCCAAGAGGCUUGAAACGUUUCAACAAAGAACAAGUUCACUAUCACCCGAUCCAACAAGUCAAAGCUCUCUCUAGGAGGUUUUUAUAUCAGAGAAUGUGGAAAAUAUUUAGUUUUUACUGUUUAGUGUUCACGACUUGUCAGUACGAGACGAAGACCCGUCGACGUUAGUUCGGCCGUCUUCCGCUAGACCGCCCUCUGUAAAUGCUCGAAUUCCAAUGAGAGCAGUUUCACCUCCGCCUGUUUCUCCCAUCAUUCGUCAGGAGCAUGAGGAGAGGUUAGCAUUGUUUUUUCGAACAUGUAGGUGGUGAAAAGAACUUGUUUAAUGUUUCUGUGAAACACAAAGACAACUAUUUCUCAAAAAUUGUUUAUUCGCUUGAAAAAGCUUCAGUUGUAUAAUUUAUUCUUUUUAAUUUAGAAAUUCCUGUAAAUUUUUUUGAGAUCUGUUAAUGAUUUGCCAAUAAACUAUUUUUUUAUGAAAAAAACUGGAAAAAGACGACUCCGUCUUCAUUUUUGUGAAAAAAAUUCGUCAUAAGACGUCCCUUUUUUUCUGAAGACAAAGCCUAGUAAGUUUAUUAAAAAAAUUUGAUAUUCUAUUUGAAAGGUGCCAGAACAUGUUUUUUUGGAACACACUGAGCUGAUCUUGCAGAACUCCUCGCCGGAUGUCGAGUGCACUUUCUCCCAGAGCCCGGUUCGCGGAUCCGCCUACCGUCGAAGCUCAACAACCACACGCCGGAUUCUCCUAUCUCUUCCCACAACAACCCGUCGUGGCGAGCGUCGUUCCCAAGAGAGCGUUGUCACCGGAACCGCAACAAGUAUGUGGAAGAAUCGGGAGUAAUCAACGAAAAAGUCGGAAAAGAAAGUUGAGAAAAAAAGGAAAUGAUCGAAAAUCGCCGAAUGUGUUGACAUUUUUAAAAAUAUAUUUAUCAUUAAAAAAAAGGUUAUAUUCCAGAAUGAAUGGGAGUCAAGGAAGAAUUCCAAAAAAAGUUGGGAAAAAAAACACGGCAAUUAUCAAAAAUCGUUUCUUGUCUUUUUUCUACCAUUCCCAAAAAAUUAUUCACCAACUCGAAAACUUUGAAUAUGCGAAUGUGGAAGGAAACUAUAAAUAUCCAUUAUUUUCAAUGGUCACCUAAAAAUAAAAAGCGUCAUUGAACUUUUUGGUCAAGAAAAUAAGUUUUCACAAUGUCCCAGUCCAGCUCUUUUUUAAAAAUCAACGUAAAUGAGUUUUAUCACUUGGAAGGAAUGACAUAACCGGAAAUCCAACAGGUAUACUGCAGAAAGGAGAGUAAUCAAGAAAGAAUUCAGAAAAAAAACUAGAGAACAAAUGGACGGCGAUCAUAAAUCACCGGACAGGUUGUAUCAAGAGAAAAACAACUGUUUUCUGAACCAGAAAAAGUGAAAAUGGAAAUCCAGAAUGAUUUUUUUAAUUUAAAAAAAAUUUUUUAGAAAUUUUCAAUGAAAUUUCUGAAAAAAAGUUUGAAGUCUAGUUUUCAAGGCUUCAGAGCUGCCGUUUCCGGCAACCAUCCGUUUUUAUUUUUAUUUCAGCAUACGCAAGACUUUUGCUUCUUUUUAAAAUUCAGAGUUACUCAACCAGUUUACACAGGAAGUUACUACAAAACUUGAAUAGUUUCUGAAAACCUCCCAAAUUUUGAUUGUUUCAUCAGCAGAAAUUCUUCGUUAGAUGUUCAUCUAACCUUUCUUGCCUUUUCAUUUUAAAGAAAUAAUUUUCAGCAAUCCGCACAUCGACCGCUUUCCGCCCCUCUGUACGCGAGAACGUACGAAGUUUCCAGUCGUCCGCUCUCGCCAUCGACGCCACAAGAAUCUGAUUACGACUCGAGGUUGUAAGGAAACUAGUAGACUUUUUUUUUUUGCAAGGAAGGAUGAUUUGCAGACAGGCGUAUGCAGAGAGUGGACAAGUUGUUUAUGUGCCCAUCAACAUGGAAGGGGGCAGAAGACUGAGCAAGACCAUAAGGUGGAUGAUUUAUUGAACGUUUUUUAAAUCAUUUUUUUGUGAAACUUCUGAUUUUCCCAUAAGAAUUCGAUGGAGAAAGAAUUUUUUUCGUGAUGCAUUCGUUAAUAAUUCCUUUUAUUUUGAACAUUAACAGCUUUAGGAUUAAAAACUCGACACAGGAAAAAAACUGUACUUCUAGUGAAGCUGUUGGAAAAUUCAGUAGGGUCUUUUCUUUAUGAUCGCAACUUUUCCGAAGAAAAAAUUAGUUUUUACUAACCACCCCUGAGAGAAGUGAUUGACGUGGUUCAUUGAAGUGGUUUCAUUACGAUUAGGAAACCAUUUUGAAACCUCGUAGUAAUUUUUUUCUUAGCUAUGAGAGAAUGGAAUGUCGAUUCUGAAGUCAUGGAAAAUAUGACUGGAAUGAGAAGAGAUUCCCGGAAUUCCAAAAGUGGUGGGCCAAUUAUAUGUAUUAUUUCAGAACAUUUUAAAACAUUGGAAACGAAAUAUUUCCGUCACUUUUUAUUAAUCUGUCUCAGAUACGACUUGGGAAACAACUACGGUCCAACUGACUCCAGAAGCAGCAGUCGGACCAAAGUUCGAAGCCCAAGUAUCAAUGGAACCAUAGGUUUUCUCCCAAUCAUUGUUUCAAAUGGUUUCUUUGAAGUUGUAGGUGAAGACGUGCGCGACGCUCUGAGCCAAUUCGACUAUCUCUACGACUACGACAACCCGAGUCCACACAAAACACGCGAAGCGACUUAUCAUCUUUAA